UUUCAUUUCGGCGAUACACGUUUGCUGGCUCUGUCUACCACUACCAGAUGUGUGAAUCCAGGGUGUCCUCUGUCAUCCAGGAGUGGAUGAAUCCAUACCCGAACCAGGCCCACGUGACACUCAACCCGACGACAUCUUCAAGCCCUUCUGGGUCGGCCAGUUUGGGCUCAAUGGACAUGAUUUCGUACAGCCAGUCGCAGGGACUGAGAGGGACCAGUGAGGACAGACUAGACGAACAGAUGAUGGGCUUGCCGUACUUGCCCUACACGUCUUCUUGUCUCAGCAGCGCCACAAAUUCUGGGAACCACCAUCAGAACCACAGCGGCAAUCUGCAGGAGUUCUCGCCCCCUUUCAUCUUGCCAACCAUGCGCGCGCCGGUGGCCAAGAGAAGCAUCAGCAAGGACAGCGCAGAAUACCGGCUCCGGCGCGAGAGGAACAACAUCGCGGUGAGGAAGAGUCGAGACAAGGCCCGCAGGAGGAUCUUGAUGACCCAGCAGAGGGCCCUGCAGUUGCAGGAGGAGAACCAGAAGCUGCAGAUAAAGAUCGGGCAGCUCUCACAGGAGCUGGACACUCUCAGACAUAUCCUGUCCCAGCAGCACCUGACGGGAGGUGAUGAGGGACCCGCGGGGGUCACCGCCAUCUGAGCAGAACAAUCAGUGGGUCGCGCUGUCGCUCACUGAGCUCUUUAUUAGGUACCGUGCCCAACGCAUUUGUUAGACCAACUUUCAUGAACACGAGGAGACCGUGCAGCAUCGUCAAAUGCUCCGAUGUGAACUCUUUCAUCAGAAGGUUUUACUAUUUUGAGCGGGAAUCUGCAAUUUCAUUCUUCUUUUCAGUUCUAAAUUCACUGGACGUCUAGGAUUGGAUUCAGCCACUAAAACCCAAAUUUCUGUUCGAGAAUGUGAGUGAAUGACUAUUGUUUGA